AUGUGCAGACAGUGUUUCCCGGUGCGACACCACACCGUCUCGCCUCCAGCAGCGUUCACGCCCCGAUCCUCUAGACUUGAACACGUCCACGUCGACCUCGUUGGCCCACUCCCACACUCCAACGGCUACAAGUACCUCCUCACCUGCGUUGACAGGUUCACACGCUGGCCCGAAGCUGUCCCGGUCGAAGACAUAACGACGGACACCAUCGCCAGAGCCUUCGUCAACACCUGGGUGUCGCGCUUUGGUACGCCUCUCAGCCUCACAUCCGACCGUGGAAGCCAGUUCGAGUCGAACCUGUGGGACAAGGUCAUGUCCAUACUGGGAGUUAAGCGGAUCAGAACCGCCAGCUACCAUCCUCAGUCAAAUGGCCUUGUCGAACGCUUCCACCGCCAACUCAAGGCCUCGCUGGCAGCGACAGUCAAGGACCGCAGCGAUUGGACUACGACUCUGCCCCUAGCCCUCCUCGGCAUACGGACGACGCGCAAGAACAUAACAAUUGACCGCCACGGCAAGUCCGACGUCAUCGCCAUCGACCGGGUCAAGCCAGCGUACCUUCUGCGUCCAGAUCCUCCACCAACCAACACUGUGUCAGUGUCUCUUACUCCAGGUGUGUGGGGCUGA